AAAACCUUGACAUGAUUUUUCCAUUUGAAAUGCAGAUCUGAUUCUAUCCAGUUACAAAUCAACCGAUCAACUUUGACAAACUACCACAUGGGAUCUUGAACUGUCAUAUGAAGGAAAUAAGUGGAAACUAUGGCCGUGAAACUCCAAACUCCUCAAAAUUAGACAAAAUACUUAUUGCACAUAAAACAUCUAAUGACUUAUCAGUCAAUCAAAAUGAAAUGUUAAUUGUGGAAGUUGCUCAAUAUAAUCAGUUACUAAAUGUAUCAAUUAUAAAUGACCUAAAGUCAGCCUGCAAAACGGAUGAAAUACACAUUACUCCUGAAUUCGAGAAAUCAAAUCAUACAUCAUGUUCUUCAAAGCCUUUACUUUACACAACAUUUAAAAAUAAAGACUUGUCAGGAAGCUCCUUAUAUAUACCUCUAUAUUAUGUUUGUUAUGACUUGGAGUCCACCAGUUACUCUAAGGAGGAACGUAUAUUUGGAACAAUAAACAGAAACUCAGUUUGUCCAAGACUAAGAGAAAAUCCGGUGGAAAUAUCUGACAGAAGUACUAUAUAUCAUCAAUCUAUGAAUGUUGGAAAGUUCGUCCCAUGUGCGCUAACGUACUGGUCAAAUGGAUCUGCCAGUAAUAUCAAUAGACCAACUGUACCCUAUUGCUUUGAUCAACUCCCUAGUUAUUUAUCUUCACGGUUAAACUUCAAAAAAUAUAUACAUGUUUGUAAUAACUGUUAUAUGCGUCAAAGUAAAUCUACAAAUUGUGAAUUUCAACCAAUGAUUGUUCACGAUAUGCCGUAUUCACAAGCAAAUAAUAGUUUUUUAAACCGGUUAUUUAUAAAACUGAAAAGAUUUACAAAACUAAUUCAAAAAAUUUCAAAAUCUGAAACAGUUGUCUGUUUUAAAGGUUUCAAAAGCUGCGGUAUUAAACAGUCUAUGCUAAGUGAGCAUAAACAGAAGAAUUUGAAGUUCUAUGCAGAUGAUAAAUCUAAGGCAAUGAAAUCACAAAAUUCGGUUAAACAAUAAUUAAGCAUCAUAUUUAUGAUUCAUCAGGUGGUUGCAGCUCACAUGAAAAAUCUCAAGUUAUGUUAUUCAUAAAUAAAUUAACUGAUUUGAUAUUUAAGAAACUUUUUAUCAACAGAUGUAUGGAACCAAGCUUUACACUUUUAUUUCUACAAAUAAUUUAAAGAUAUUCUUAAAAACACUUUAUUUUAGUUUUCUCAGAUAGUUGUCGUGUAUAUGUCAAAAAAUGUAUAAUGUGUCUUGUUAACUAAGUUGUAGAAUCCAUUAUUUAAAUGAUAUAUUGAUAUAGGUGGUAAUUGAUAACUUUGUCCCGUACCAUAAAAGCUGUACAUUACUCCUAAAAAUGAAGAAAUAAAAGUAAACAAAACUACAGAUUUAAAUAUGUUUUGGUACAAAUAGUAAAACUUGUAUUUUAUUAUACGUAUUUGUAAUUAGUUAUCUAUUCGGGAAUAAGUGAAAGCAAAAUGAAUUGUCGAUAAACUGGCUGUUUAGGCCAUCUCACUUUGUAUUUACAAGGUUUUUUUCCUAUGCAGCAGUUUAUUAUAACAACACAAGGUAUGCUCUUCCCAAUUACAAACGAAGAUACUUAUAGGUGAA